UGUUUCCUGAGACUCGUUGUCUGCUCGGUUCAAACGAUCCUACCAACUGCUCACUGCUCCAGUUACAGAUAAAGGAAGUGUGCAGAACUUACUUCUGCUUUUUUAGAAGUGGAAAAAAUGAGAGCGAAGAAGAAGAAGAAGAAGAAGAAGAAGGAGGAGGAGGAGGAGGACGUACGUUUGAUUCUUUAGUGUUUGGUUUUUAACGCCGACAACAGAAGACGGAGAAGAACGACGGUCCUGAGGAGGACAUGCUGGCUGAAGCUUUGCUCCAAACGUUGGCCUACAGGGGGGAGAGGAAGUCGACUUCAGCCGCCACACGGUACCGAAUGAAGACGUACCCUGAUGGUCCUGAGGAGGGCGUAGUUUCUCUGACCGGCGUAGACCCCACAGAACCAGCUGCAGCAGGUCCAAACCAGGAAGAGGAAGACUCCUUCCAAACCCAGAGACCAUCAGUUGAUGGUCUCGCAGUGUGCAUUGACGACUGCAGCCUACUGAUCCAGUACCCGGACCUGACGGUGGCCGACUCGGGCCGCGUCUCACAAACCCCGUUGAGGACCAGCACCACGGUCCAGCCCAGUUUGAACAUUCCCAUCCGUCAGACGGACCUAUGGCCGGAGCCUCCGAGGGGCGCCGACUCUCCACUUCCAGACGAUGGCUAUUUGGUCAUGGGGGCCGGUGUGAAUGGAAGAAUGGAAGACAUGGGUUCUAGUCUGGACCUGGACAGGUCCAGACUAGAACCCAUGUCAAACUCGGUGCUGAACGGACUCUUGGAGAGACAGCUGGAGGAGGUCUACCUGCAGCAUCUAACCGACAACCUGGCUCGAUGCAACUCUCACCUGGAGAACAGUCUCCUGCACGACCUCGUGCCCCCGCCCCGACUGCAUGGACUGGACUCACCGGAACCCAGUCUGCAGGUCAGAUCAGGGGAGGACGACAAGAAGGAACCGAUGAACCUGAGCACCCAGAACGUUCCGUGCUCGUCCAACUUCAGCUCCCCGGUGCUGAGGAUCUCAGAAGCUGAACAGACAAAUGUCUGAAGUCAAAGUAAACGUGAUUUCUUUGUUUACUUUAGUGAAAAAAAAAAAAACUACAAAAAAUGUAUCUGCUCUACUGCGACACCUGCUGUUAGGUUUUCGUACUGCACCCCACUGUGUCGUUAUAAUAUGAUUGAUAUUUUACAGUGUGUGGUUUUGUGUCGGUGAUAAAACAGAUGGAACUUUAAUCCUGCACAGCACCGCGGAGGAGAAUCAUUAACAAGUCUUCAACCUGGGGUCCCGGACCCUUUGGAGGUCAGUGAAUGUACUUCAUGUGGUCCUGACAUUUACUUGGUGAAGGAUUUAAAAGACAAAAAAAGAACAAAAAAUAUCGUGGAAUUGUUUCAAAAAAAGAACAAAAAAUAUUGUGGAAUUGUUUAAAAUAAAAACACAAAUAUAUAAAUAUAUAUGUUUUAUAUUUUAACAGCUUUGUAUUUAAUAAUCGUCUCAUAAUUUCAAUCUGUCUGAAUCACUUCAACGUCCAAUAAAAAGUGUCCAGGUUUUGAGGUUAAUAUUUGAACGGAGUGGUUCUGCCACAAUGUGGAACAUUAACAAUAAAUUAUGUAAAAAAAAAAGUUGAAUAAUACUUAAAUAUUAACCAAAGAUU